AUGCGUUUUGCUCCUCUCAUCAUCUGCCUGGCAGCAAUAUCGCUUGCUGCCCCAACAAACUUCCUUGAUAAUGCAUACGAAUGGUCCGAUGAACUGGCCGAAUUCUAUGGGGAAGUGAGCCAGUACAUUAUCAACGCAAAACACAGCAUCAGAGCACCGGGGGCUUGCGACGUCUCUAAGAUCGCUCUGCCCUCCUAUGCUUCGGAGUUGACCAGCCCAUCAGGCCUUAAGGCGAGAUACGUUGCACUUGGACGGGGCACCCAGAACUAUACAUGUGCGGACUCUACUUCCAAAUCCACACCUGCGGCGAUAGGAGCCGUCGCAAGACUCUACAAUGCCACAUGCAUUGCAGCCAACUUCCCCGAUCUUCUGGAAAAACUCCCUAACAUUGCCUACAAAAUUGCCCUACCAACCAACGAAUAUGCCUCGUUCCCUCCUGCCAACCUCGAAUUGCUGGGUCAUCAUUUCUUCUAUGAUGCAACAACCCCAGAGUUUAACUUGAACACCACACCAGAAAAGCAGGAUGGCAUUGUCAUGACCAAAAAGGGAGGUGCAAUUGACGCACCCUCAGGUUCAGUGUCAGGAAAGUACGGUGCUGUGCCUUGGCUCUACCUCACUGCUAUCGAUGGCACAGUGGGCAACUACAAGAGUGUCUAUCGAGUCGACACUGCCGCUGGGUCGCCACCAAAAACCUGCAAGGGUAUGCCAGCAGCAUUUGAAAUGCCAUAUGCUGCAAAUUACUUCUUCUUUGGAGAGUAG